CUCCUGUCUUUCUCAGACAGGGCUGGUGUUGGUUUCCAUCACACCGGGCUGCCUUCUCGCCUCUGCUCCUCGUCAGGGUUUUGUUUUUUCUUUCCUGCUGACUGCCGCGCGCCAUUCUAGAUGUGAACAUGUCGGGAAUUAAUGGCGACCAGCUGCACCGCUCCACCUUGGGGAUUUACCGGAGUCUCACUGACGAGUUCAACCCCAGUCUACAGAAACUGGUUUCGCUGGGAAACAGCUAUGCCCAUGCCUUCAAAGACCUUGUUGUCAGCAGCGAGGCUUACUUCAUGGCGCUUUCAGAGAUCGGACAGAAAGCUUUCUACACCACGUCGUCCCGCUCCCUGGGAGAUGUCCUGAUCCAGAUCGCCGACAACCAGCGGAGACUCGCCUUGGAGCUGGAGGGAGUGUUCCGCAACUUCAGUUUGGAAGUCCUGCAGGUGAUGGAGAGCAGCGUCCAGCUGGACAUCGACUACAUCUCACACAGCAGGGCGACGUACGAGAGGGAAGUCCACAAGCAGGCGGCGGCGGCUCAGCAGAGGCAGCGGAGAGGAGGAACCGGCCAGGAGUACCUGCAGUUUCUGAAGGAGAGCCACCAGGAGGCGCUGCAGGAGGAGGAGCGGCGGUACCGCUUCCUGGCUGAGAAGCACUGCGGCCUCGUACAGUCCAUCGGCCUCCUCCUGAACAAGACAUCAGGGCCUCUCCUGCAGAAAGCCGAUGUCUGGACAGAGGAGGUCGACGCCACCAGGCGACCUGAGGCCCAGCGACCCGCUGCCGUGGAUAACCCUGGAGGGAUGAGGGCGGAGGACAUCCGACAGAUCCGAGAGGAGAUGACUCUGGGCAAGGUACCGUCAAGGGCGCCGUCCCCGGUGGGAAGCGUUUAUCGCUCCAGAGGCGGCGGCGGCGGCGGAGUUGUGUCCAUGAGGGCCAAGGCGGCGCACCAGCCCUCUAGCUCCAACCCCACCCUGCUGCCCUUCUCCAGGGGGCAGGUCAUCACCGUGAAGGCCCGGCAGCCCAGGAACGGCUGGCUCUACGGAUACGCCGAGAACGGCUCAGGUCAGGGAUGGUUUCCAGCCUCCUAUGUGGAAGAACUUGAUGAUCCUCCGAUGUCGCCCAACUCCUGGAACUACACUCUUCGAAGCAGCAGCAGCAUGAGCGACCUGCUGGACCAACCAGGGGUGAGCAGCAGCAGGACCAGCAGUGCCAUGAGCAGCAUGUUCGACCUGCCAAAACCCAGCAGCAGCAGCAGCAGCAGCAGCAGCAGCAGGAGUGGAGCCCCGCCUCCUCCGCCUCCUCCACCUACGCAAUCCUCAUCUAAAUCGCAGUCAGGGAGAUCGCAGAACGAACUCUUCCCGAGGGGCACCAAUCCGUUCGCCACGGUUAAGCUGAAGCCCACUCACACCAACGACAGAUCUGCUCCGAUACUAUACCGGAGAUGACUCCUCGCCGAGGGAAGAGGCGUUUCCGUUUAGUUUGACAGGUGGAUGAUCGGUGAUGGCUGUUUUACUGAACCACAGUACUUAUCUGUGUGCCAUAAUGCCUUUUAACCAAAAACACAAAACAAAAAAACACCAUAUUUGUUCUUUUUCUUACAUUCGUUUUCUUUCCUGCAGAUUAUCGUGACCCGUUUUCAAACUUGCAUUCAUUUAACCAGAUCGUAGAUCAACUUUCUGGAUGUUUUCUUGACAAUUAUCAUCAUGUGAAUGAGUGAAGCAGUUAGUCUUUUAACAUUUUAAUACCUCAUGUGUUUUUUUUUUGUUAGUUUUUUUUGUUUUUUACAAUUUUUUUUAUUGUUACAAGCACAAACUUGAAUGUGUUUGUUUUGGAUUUUAUGUGUAAGAGCACACUUUGUAAUUUUUUUUGGGGGGGGGGGGUUCUCAUCGGACGGACGUGACGUGGAAUUAAAAUGCUGCAUCAUCCGCGAACAUCAGUUUUAAAAUCUAGGUUUGGACUUUAACUAGGCCACUUAAACAAUAUACUUUGGUCCAAACAAGAGGUUCCUCAAACAGCAUGAGCUCCUGGCCGGGGACUCCUUUUAAAAACCCACAGACAUUGCUAUAACAUUAGUAAAGAAACAUUGAAUUUAACUUUUUUUCCCCCUAAUUUUUAUUCAGUAAUUAUUGCAUUCUUUUAGCAUGAAUGCUGCCUCUUUGUCUUCUGAUUUUAGUUGGCAAUGAAGUUUUUCACCACAAUUGUGAUAAAAGAAACGUAAUACUUUUAUAUCAGUCCUAUCAAAUUUUUAUUAUUCUCCAUGGUUUAGUUUUUUGUAGCUUUUCUUUUCUUCUGCUGGACGGUUCCUUCUGUCUUUUAUUUUCUUCUUUUUUUCUUUUGUCCAAUUAAAGGAACGGCUGUCAAUUCCCCCCCCCCCCCCUCAUUUUAAAAACUUUUCUACACCUUCUGGCGUGUUUCUCGUUCUUCCUCGAUGUUCUCCAACCUACUAAUUGGGUAACAUUUGGGUUCUGUUCAGCAGAAUAAUGAAAUAAUUGUCACAGUUUGACACAAAGACCAUGAACUGUCGCAUAAAGUCGUAGAAAAAUACAUAGUGUGUGGUUUCAAAAUGACAAAACAUGAAAAGAAAAAAAAAUCUAUGGCGAUUUUGGGAAUCAGAUCAACAACAUUUUGAUAUGCGUUCAAAUGUAUUUAGCUGUAAAUAAUUUAUUCCUGAUUUUUUUUUUUUUCCUGAAUCUCUACAGCUCCAUUUAUAUCCGUAUGUCCUGAUGAGAUUAUAGUUCUGUUGCUAAAUAUUAAAGGUGCCGCGAAUGUACUUCUAGAAAAUAAUGGAACCCGAGGCAGAUCGUGUAAAACUCUGGUGUUAUGAAUAAUGCUGUGUAUUAAAGGAUAACGUCACGCCAUCUCUCUGGGAUGAUCACUGAUUUGAAAUUCAAGCGCAUUACGUCCAAAUAUUACGUUUUCCUCACUGCUGCUUUCUGGGAAUAUUAAUAAAUCCUGCUGCAUUUGUUGUCUUUCUCUAAUGAAGCAAACUAAUGGGAGUUUAAUGUAGCGCAGCGGGAGGUUUUCAUCACUGUUUAAGAAACAAGCUCUCAUUUUUGUUGUCCCAGUUGUCAAUGGCUCCCCGUUUAACGGAGCGCUGGAGCAAGUAGGGAAUUUAUUGAUAGUCGGUACGGUUCAGAUCUUUUUGCUCAGGCACCGCAAUGGCCUACU